AUGGUUAGUAAUUCGUUAAAUUUAGUCAAUGACUAUUUUUAUGAUUCAACUACUCAUAUUCAUUAUAAUGCUAACAGAAAUCUUUUACAAAAUAAUAUUCAAGCACCAUCAUCUCCAAUUAAUAUUCAAUCUAUUGAUUCACCUGAUGCUAAUUCAUUUAUUAGUUUAUACGAUGAAGAGAAAUGGCCACCACAAAUCGGCUCUCAACAUUAUACAUUUCCUUCGUCACCUUCUAUUCCACCUCAAUUAUCAUUGAUUAUAAAAAAUGUUGAUUUUCAUAUUGAUAUGAAUGAUUUUAUUGGAGAUCUAAAAGCUAAAUUUCCUGAUAUUAAGAAUGUUAUUAGAUUAAAAAAUAAAUUCUAA